AUGGCAUACUUGAGUAACAUUAUUGGUGCCAUUGCCAUUGCAGAUCUUCUCAAGACCACUCUUGGUCCAAAAGGAAUGGAUAAAAUUCUUGUCAAAGCAUCUGAAGGUGUUGAUGCAAAAGUUGAAGUCACCAAUGAUGGUGCUACCAUUUUGAAAGCACUUUCUGUUCAAAAUCCUGCUGCUAAAAUCUUGGUAGACAUUGCCAAGACUCAAGACGAUGAAGUUGGUGAUGGAACUACUUCAGUGUGUGUAUUCACAGGUGAAUUGUUGAGACAAGCAGAAAAACUUUUAGAACAAAAGAUACAUCCUCAAACCAUUAUUGAUGGUUGGAGAAAGGCUACAAGAGUUGCUCAUGAUGCUCUUUUGAAAGCCUCUGUGGAUCAUGGACAAGAUAAAGAAGCAUUGAGACAAGAUUUGUUGAAUAUUGCUCGUACGACUUUGAGCUCUAAGAUUUUACAACAAGAAAAAGAAUUGUUUGCAAAUCUUGCUGUUGAUGCUGUUCUAAGAUUAAAUGGAAGUACAGAUUUAAAUCACAUUCAAAUUUUGAAGAAGCCUGGUGGUAGUAUGAAGGACAGUUAUUUGGAUGAAGGUUUCAUUCUUGACAAAACCAUUGGAGUUGGUCAACCAAAGAAAAUGCAGAAUUGUAAAAUUCUUGUCGCUAACACACCUAUGGACACUGAUAAAAUCAAAAUUCAUGGAGGUGUGGUAAAGACAUCUAGUAUUGCAACACUUUCUGAAAUUGAAAAGGCAGAAAAGGAAAAGAUGAAAAAGAAAUGUCAAAAGAUUAUUGAUCAUGGAAUUAAUGUUUUCAUUAACAGACAAUUGAUUUAUGAUUUUCCACAAGAAUUCUUUGCUGACAAUGGUGUCAUGGCUAUUGAACAUGCAGAUUUUGAAGGUGUUGAAAGAUUGGCACUUGUUUUAGGAGCAGAAAUUGUUUCUACAUUUGAUCAUCCAGAAUUGGUCAAAUUAGGAUCUUGUGCUUCAGUUGAGGAAAUUAUGAUUGGUGAAGACAAACUCUUGAAAUUCAGUGGAUGUGCAAAGAAUGAAGCUUGUACCAUUGUGUUACGUGGUGCUUCCACUCAUCUCUUGGAAGAAGCUGACCGUUCUCUCCAUGAUGCUCUUUGUGUGUUAUCACAAACAGUUCUCAAUACCAAGACAGUACUCGGUGGAGGUUGUAGUGAAAUGUUAAUGGCAAGAGCAGUGAUGGAAGCAGCAAAACAAACACCAGGAAAGGAAUCCAUUGCUAUGGAGGCAUUUGCAAAUGCUCUUAAGGCAAUGCCAGCAAUUAUUGCAGAUAAUGCUGGAUUGGAUUCUGCAGAAUUGGUUUCAGUGUUAGAAACUGAUCACUACAAGGGACAAUCGGACCAUGGUAUUGAUAUCGUUAAAGGUGAAAUUGGUGAUGUGAGAAGUUUGGGAAUAACGGAAUCAUUCAGAGUGAAAGAACAAGUUCUUUUGUCAGCAUCUGAGGCUGCAGAAAUGAUUAUCAGAACUGACGAUGUCAUUUACUCGGCACCACGACAACGUCAAGAAUAA